CUCUGCCUUUGGUUGCUCCCUGUAGCAUCUCGAUACCCUGUUGUACCAUUUCAAGAUGAUUUUGGUGGAUUGAUAUGGGUUACAUUUCCUUUUGAUUUUCUGGUUGUGUAAUGCUAGAUUGGGGUGGAUUUUCUGUGGGUGAUGUCUUGGCCUUGCUUGUUGUUUUGCUAGGAAAGGACUUGGAGUUAUCAGUUAUGGGAUUCUGAGUUGUGGGCUUUCUUGGAGGUUUACGGGUAGAGAUGGCUUAAGGGGUUGCAUUUUGAAAGUUUGGAUUUGGUGAUUUUCUUGUGAUGGCCGCUUGUAGGUAGUGUUGGUUGAGAGGACUUUACUUUGAUUUGUGUAUGUGGCCAUUGGAGAAUGUAGUUGUUAAUUGUCGUUGAUGAUAGUAGUUGUGGAAUUUUAGUAGAAAGUAUCUCCAAUUAAAGUAGCUCUUGGUGCAGCAGCCAAUACCAGCAUGACCACAAUGGCCGUGACCCUUCCUCUGCCUCCUGUGGUCUCAGCCACCCCAAGCUCCAUAACUCCCACCAAUCUAGAUGAGGCCAAGCCCAAGACCAAGACCACGGCCAAGGACUCUUCUCCUACUGGGUCUUUCAAAAACUGCAAAACCAUGAACGAACUCAGGCAAAUACACUGUAACAUCACAAAGAAAGGCCUCUGCCACAGCCCGUCGACCGUGACCAAGCUGAUUGCCGCGUGUGCCGAAAUGGGCUCCUCCGAAAGCUUACAUUACGCUCGAAAGGCGUUUGAAGGCUACAAUGGAGAUGGGGGAAAUACUAGGUUGUUGUUCAUGUACAAUUCUUUGAUUAGAGGUUACUCUUCUGCUGGACUUGGUGGUGAUGCUAUCUUGCUUUAUAUUGAGAUGGUGGUUGCGGGCAUUGUGCCUGAUAAAUUCACGUUUCCCUUUUUGCUAAGCGCAUGCACGAAGGUUUUAGGGUUUUUUGAGGGAAUUCAAGCUCAUGGAGUAGUUAUGAAGAUGGGUUUAGAGGGAGAUGUGUUUAUCGGGAAUUCUUUGGUUCAUUUUUAUGCAGAGUGUGGAAAGAUAGAUUAUGCACGGAAGAUGUUUGAUGGAAUGCUUGAAAGAAAUGUUGUGUCGUGGACUAGUUUGAUUUGUGGUUAUGCUAGGAGGGGUUGUCCGGAGGAAGCGGUUUGUUUGUUUUUUGAAAUGGUGGAGACGGGUGUUAGACCCAAUUCGGUUACGAUGGUCUGUGUGAUAUCAGCUUGUGCAAAGUUGAAGAAUCUUGAAUUGUGUGAGAAAGUAAGUGCUUACAUGGGUGAGGUAGGAGUGAAGCUUAACACUCAUAUGGCUAAUGCACUUGUUAAUAUGUUCAUGAAAUGUGGAGCUAUUGAUAGUGCAAAGAGGCUUUUUAAUGAAUGUGUAGAUAGAAAUCUGGUUCUGUGCAAUACUAUCAUGUCAAAUUAUGUGUGCCUGGGGCUGCUGAGAGAAGCUCUUUCUGUCUUUGGUGAGAUGCUGCAACAGGGACCACAACCUGAUAGAGUUACAAUGUUAUCUGUGUUCUCAGCAUGUGCACAUUUAGGUGAUAUUCUCUUUGGAAAGCAGUGCCAUGGUUAUAUUUUGAGAAAUGGGUUAGAAGGUUGGGAUAACAUAUCUAAUGCGAUGAUAGACAUGUAUAUGAAGUGUGGCAAACAAGAAAUGGCUCACAGAGUCUUUGACUGUAUGCCAAAGAAGACUGUCGUGUCGUGGAAUUCAUUGAUUGCUGGUUUAAUUAGAAAUGGUAAUGUGGAGUCGGCUUGGGAAAUUUUCAAGGAAAUGCCAGACAGUGAUCUCGUCUCCUGGAACACAAUGGUCACUGCUUUGGUCCAAGAGAGCAUGUUUGUGGAAGCAAUUGAACUUUUCCGAGUGAUGCAGAAUGAAGGGAUUAAAGCCGAUAGGGUAACAAUGGUGGUCAUUGCAUCUGCCUGUGGCUAUUUAGGAGCUCUUGAUCUUGCUAAGUGGAUCCUUACUUACAUUGAAAAGAAUGAUAUUCACUGUGACAUGUGGCUUGGCACAGCCUUGGUUGACAUGUUUGCUAGGUGUGGUGAUCCUCAAAGUGCAAUGCGAAUUUUCAAUAAAAUGGCAAGAAGAGAUGUUUCUGCUUGGACUGCAGCCAUUGGAGCAAUGGCCAUGGAAGGAAAUGGGGAACAAGCUAUAGUGCUUUUCAAUGAGAUGCUUGGGCAAGGGGUGAAACCCGAUGAGGUAGUCUUUGUGGCGCUAUUGACAGCAUGCAGCCAUGGCAGGUCUGUGGAUCAAGGGCGGCACCUUUUCAGGUCAAUGAAGGAGAUCCACGGAAUCUCCCCUCAAAUUGUCCAUUAUGGAUGCAUGGUUGAUUUACUCAGCCGAGCUGGGUUGUUGGAAGAAGCUCUUGAUCUCAUAAAGAGCAUGCCAAUGGAACCUAAUGAUGUGAUUUGGGGGUCUCUUUUAGCUGCUUGCCGGAAGCAUAAAAAUGUUGAAGUGGCAGCAUAUGCAGCUGAAAGGAUAAUUGAAUUGGCUCCUGAGAGGACUGGGAUUCAUGUGCUUCUCUCAAACAUAUAUGCAUCUGCUGGUAAGUGGACUGAAGUUGCAAAAGUGAGGCUACAGUUGAAGGAGAAAGGUGUCCAUAAAGUGCCUGGAUCAAGCUCAACAGAGGUUAAUGGAAUAAUCCAUGAGUUUACCUCUGGUGAUGAAUCACACCCAGAAAACACCCAGAUUGCAUUGAUGCUACAAGAAAUAAACUACAGGCUCAGUGAUGCAGGUCAUGUUCCUGAUUUAACCAAUGUUAUGCUUGAUGUUGAUGAUCAGGAGAAAGAAUACUUGCUCAGCAGACAUAGUGAGAAAUUAGCCAUAGCUUUUGGACUAAUCAGUACGGGUCAAGGUAUGCCAAUUCGUGUUGUUAAGAACCUCCGUAUGUGCACUGAUUGCCACUCAUUUUCCAAACUCGUGUCAAGAAUAUAUGAAAGGGAAAUUGUCAUUCGAGAUAAUAACAGGUUCCACUUUUUCCGGCAGGGGUAUUGUUCUUGUUGUGAUUAUUGGUAGAGAGAAGAAAAAAAAGGAAAAACUUUCAUUUGUAAAUUUCAUUUUUAAUUCCAAUUAUUUGCUCAAAAAAUGAA